AUGUCGUCGGGAGAGGAGGAUGAGGACCUUCUCGGGCACCCUGGAGCCCCUCCGCUCCUUGACCCUGAACGGGAUACGUGGCCUAUCGGCCGACAGGUUCGCUUGGCCCGCUUCUGCGGGAACUGCUUGGGCGAUAACGUCUCCUGGCGGCCUGAGUCCGCUCUCCGAGUCGUAGCACUGCAAACGGCUGGAGUUGGUAGCGAUAGGUAUGGCUGGGGUCGCUUCUGGGCUGACACUUUGGCAGAGCUCGGAGCGGACGUCGGUGUCCUCUCCGAGACCCGCGCUGGCACUGAGGCGGCGCACGCCGCGGCGUGUCAAGGAAUGUUAGACGGAGGAUUCCGGGCCAUUAGCCAUAACAUCAAGUCGGGCGGAUACACCCCAGGACUGCGAGAGUCUGGAUCUGGAUCCCGCUCCGCGGGGGUUGUUUUAGCCAUUCAGGCUACUCAUCCCGCUGGAUGGCGUGCUGUGGCUCUCGGCCCUCAUGGACGGGCUAUUGCGGCUUCCGUGAAUUUGACUGCUGAUCUGGAGCUCCGCGUCCUCGCCCUGUACGGUGUGUCUGGCUCCUGCCUUCCGGGCUUUCUUCAAAGAGAAGCUGCAGUAAAACAGGAACAGGACUUGAAUGCUUUUGUAAGGGAGCAAAGUCAGCAUGCGUUACACCGGAAUGCCCUCUUCGUGGCUGCCGGAGACCUCAACUCCAUAGGGAACGAACGCCUGGAUGUCUGGCAGGGCUCUGCGCAGCCCCGGGCCGAUAGCCUGCUGGGCACUCUGCUGGCUUGCGGGCUGAGGGAUACUUUCCGUCAGCGGCACCCUCUAAUGAGAGCCUUCUCCUUUUUCUCCCAAGCCGGCGGGGCCAGUCGGCUCGAUUAUGUUCUCUGGCGUGCUCCGCUUGAUCAAGACGUCCCUCUUCUCAAUUCGGCGGUGGUUUGGGCCCACCCAAGAAGGAUCGAUCACGAUCCCAUCGUCGCUGACUUUGCUGUCCCUUUCCCGACUAUGCAGGAGGAGGUCCCGGAUGAAGCUUCGCGCAAGUGGCGCCUGCUUGUGGAUCGGCUUGGGGAUUCUACAGUGCGGGCCCGUGUGGUGACCCUGGUGCGGGAGUACCACGGCGAAAUCUCGGAGGUGCGUGAGCAGCUUGAAAAUAUUAUGCGGACCUGCGGACGACAAGCCGCGGGAGGCCCACAGCGGGACUCGGAGGCUCGCCUCGCGGAACUCCUCGGAGGAAUGCUGCCUUGGAUCCGCAGAGUUGACCCACGCACCCCGGCGCUUCGGGAGCAGGUGUCACAGUUGCACGCUCGCAUUAUGGAAAUCAUGCUGGACGCCCUUGCAGAAGUCAAGCUCCCGUCUGCGGAAUCUCGAGGGCACGGCCGGGCGAGCUCGGCUUGGGACCUAUUCAUGACCAGGCUCCGUGAGCUCUGUCAGACCAUCCGCUUUGCGCUUUGGCGGCAGCCAUGGCGGCCGCCCUCUACGGAGCUGCUAGACAGCGUCCGCCAAGCGUGGACACAGGGGAUAGCUGACACUGGCCGCUUAGUACGGCAGCGUAACGCGCAGCUACCUCUUCGCUUUGAUUGCGAGGACUGGGACGGUUUUCGCACCCGUCCGGUAGAGUGGGCAAUGGCCCGAGGCUUCCUGAAUGUGGCAACUGACUGGUCUCCGGGGAACGUUGUCACUGCCGCUAUUCUGGACCAGGCCUUGGAAUGGAAGAAGGUUGCGAAGUCCAUGCGUGCGGCGGUUUGGAGACAUCGGAGCGCUGAUCGUAGGCAGAACCGAGCAGGAGCCCUACGAGCCCAGGACCUUCGACUAUGGUGUCGAAUGCUGCGGCCUGCGCGCCGGCCACAGGCUACAUAUUCGCCGGAUCGGGUGCUGCUGGAAGACGGUACCGCUCAGAUCCCGGUGAAUGUGGAACAGGCAAAAAUAGGGGCGGCGCAAGAGUGGAAACCCUUGCACCAGGGUCCAGUACCGCGCUGGGAGCACCAGUGCCUGACUUUCUGGAGGGACGCCAUAGGCAAUCAGCGGGCCUCGCCAAAUCUCCUCUCUACUGCAGCGGCCGCCCCGGGCAGCGAUCUGCGUAGACUGGGACUUGCGUACCUACUGCCUGGGUUGGUUGAGAUCACAGACUGUGCUGGUGGUGACAUAGUGCGAGUGGAACAGGGGGCUAUCCACACGAAGUCCCUCUGUCUUCAGUGCACGGAAGGCAAAUGGACGGCGCAACGGCUGCAGCCGUGUGCUGGUCCAAAGCGUGUCCUGCUUGCCGCCAACGGCCUCCCUCCGUUUGCUUGGUCCCUGGACCGCUGGGAAUAUUCUCGCGUCGAACGAUUACCAGUGGUGCUCAUCACAGCCUGCCCUAGCGCUGCUGAGAGUAUGCAGGCUGCUGACUUGGUGCGGCCCCUGUCUUUGGAAGAGAGGCGUGAUGUACUUCGGCGCGGACGUGCCUCGCGUCCUGGCCCAUCUGGAUUCAAGAUGGCCUUUCUCCCUUUCUUCCCUGACUGGCUGCAAGAGGCGCUUUGGUUCUCCCUGGAUGUACAACGGGAGUGCGGCAUGCGUGCAGACCACUCCAGCUGGGCGCUGCAGAUCAACGUCGCUAAACCAAAAGGGGGAUGGCGCCCUCUCACCAUGUUGGAAGAGACUUUCAAGGCUGUCGAAGGGCCAGUCACGCGCAGACUCACGCAGUGGCGAAGCCGUAUGGAGCCGGGCUGCUUAUAUAGCGACUUAAACCGAGCCUAUGAGGUGGGGGUCAGCGCAGCACCGCUUGUCCUCUAUUUGGAUGCCAUGAUCGUUGAGGACGCCUUCUUUUGGAGGCGGGAUAUAUGUCGGGUGGCUGCUGACUACGAGAAAUUCUUUAAUGCGGUCACUCUGGCGGCGUCGGACGCUGUCAUGCAGGCCCGGGCAGUGCCCCCGGAGGUUCGGCGAUUGUAUACUGCAGCGUUCUCAGGUAUAAAGCUCCGUGUGCAGACAAGGUGGGGUCCCUCGCUCCCAAUAUUGGUCUCUCGGGGGCUCCCUCAAGGCUCCGUUUCAGCCCCAGAGCUUUCUAAGGCUGCACAGGAUCCGCUCUUGCGCCUCCGAGAAAGGAGUGACGCCGCUUAUACCACGUCGGCUGGACUCAAAGUCGGCGCUGCUGGAUAUGUUGACGACACAGAGCAUUAUGCAGACGGGGCUCGACAACUCCAGCUUAUGACAGCUGACCUACGUCUUGGAAGCGAGGGUACUGGCAUAGGCUUCUGCUGGCCAAAGUGCUCGGCUUUCGCGACUGACUGGCUCCCAUACAUGCGGCAUGCAGCCCCGCCACGCCGGGAAAUAAAUGAGAUGGGGGUACUGGCUGGCGGCUGGGAUAUCUGGCACGGCGGGGUAGCAGAGGCUACUAUUCCACGUGCACAUGAGGAUACGCAAGAAACGCUGUUGGGGAAGCUUGGCACCCUACAGGAUCGCCAUUCUGCAGCGGCACAGGUCACGUUGGACCGCCUGGUUUCGGCCCGGCAGCUUAUCGUGUGUCAGCGCUGCACGUGGGAUGAGGCUGCAAUGGUGUACCAGCUGAGGGUCCGCGGCUUCCUAGGGUAUGCGUGCUUGAUGGGUAUCCCGCCAGCAAUGGCACUACAUGAGGAGGAUGCCGCCUUCCAGAGACUGGUGCUGGAGCGGUUCGGCACACGCUGCACGGCCGAGCGGGUCAGUCUCCUGGCAGCGAGCAGGGAUGGUGGUGUACAGUUGCCCUCAGUUGUCGAGAGUGUAGUGGCGGCGGCGGCUCAUGAUGUGCUGAUGCUCCUCUGUGGAGAGGGCAUGGCCAGCUGCGUGGCCAGAGAUCAGCUUCGUCAGGCUAUGCAGCAAGACCCUGAGUCCGCUGAAGACGAUGAAAGACUCAUCCCUCGUGCUAUGCGGUUCCUCUCCCAGUACGGAUUUCACGUCACCACAGGCACGGACCGUACGGUGGGGCGGAUACUAGAUCAGCUGGCUGCACGGCAUAGGAUGACGCCGUGUCCCCUCGUCGGAUUGUACCGGCCUGCAUUGGCACGCGCUGCGGCUAGCUUUUGCAGAGUGGGUCACCAAGCCAAUGCUAUUCGUCGAGCUGUGGCGUCGCUGCGUAGCAGCGGUGUCCCGCCUGCAAGGUGGAGUGACCCGGCGGUGUGGACCCCCCUGUUGCAAGGGACACGUCUGGAUGCUGCCAGCUGCGCGGCUGCUGCGGAGGCUGCCCGACAGCAAGCAGAAACAGACUGGGCAGCUGAGGCAGCUCUCUUUGGCGGGCACGUUUCGGAGGAUCUUCCGGAAGAUUGGCCGGAGUCGGCGUGGAGUCAGCCGCAUCUGCCUGCACCGCGAGUUGCAGGCUUGGCGGCGAUCUUUCCACAUGGGUUCCCCCCCUCUGACUAUGCACUGUAUAGUGAUGGAGGAGACAGCGGCGGCGUUUGCACUUAUAGUGCUCAAGCACGGGCCUUUGGCCCGCUAGGAGGUUACUGGGAACGUAGCCGGCAGGUCUCGGUGCCCAUUCUUGGCCGACUCCCGGAACGUUACGGGUAUGAAGCCUCUGGGGUUCACCUGGCAGAGUUUGUGGGUAUGCUGUGCGCCCUGCGGUGGCGGCGGCCGGGAGACUGGAAUUUGCUCGUAUGUGACCGCUCUGCGCUUUUUGCAGCACUCCGCCGAAGCCACUGCCCUAGCCGGUGGGCGCACUUCCCUUUGGAAUCUGUGCUGCGAGCUGUUCUGGAUCACUUGCAGCGGUCCUGGCGAGGCGGUCGCUUUACGCCUUCCUGGAGAUUGGACGUGGAAACUCAUCCGGAGAAGUGGAACGUGCGACGGGAGCAUCAGGGCCACACGCGAACAAUGGUGCAAGUUGCCUUUGAUGAGCAUGGCCUGGUAGGCGUGGAUGUAAAAAGCCACCAGCAAGGCGACCCAUGCCCGUAUCCUGUCAUCAUCGAGGGAAAUGAGCAGCAGGAUGAGGGCUGCAGACAGGCAAGGCUCAGACCACAACCUCCUGACAUUUUUCUCCCCGCGGGCAGCCUAUUCGCUUUUCUCGUGUGGGAAGGGCGCAUGAUUACGACUACUACACGAGAGGCUGUGAGGCGGCAGUUGAGGUUGCAGGCCUGUCAGCAGUGGAAGCUGCGCCGAGUGCAGGGCAAGAUUGCCAGACUUGGGCCGGAGCUCUAUCGAGCCUCUAUGCACCCGCGGCACUAUACACAAAUUACCAUUCCCAUAGAAUGGAGGACGCUGGCGCUUCCACAAGAUGGGGAUGUUGUCGACAUUUCCGGAUUCCAAUUCCGGUGCCUGAGAGCUAUUGGAGGCGGCUGGUCCGAGCUCCUUCAUGCCCAUGCAGAAUCUCGCCAAUGCGCUGAGGAUGAAGCGCGCCGACAAGGAAGGCCAGUCCGGGUUUGCCCUCUCUGUCUCACGGCUGCUGGGACCCCCCGACAUGUGGUCAUGAACUGUCCUGCUAUGCGGCCAUUGGUGGACCACGUGCGCGACUUGGUCGAGGAGGAGCUGCUGGCGUUGGGUAAGGGCGGGCCGACCCGUCAUCGCGCCUCUCCCGGCAGACGAGACACGGUGGCCGCUGCUCUCUGCCUGGCGGAUAACGUCAGCAGCGCUGCUGGCGUUGAACAAGAACGACCAGAGGAGCUGGCGUACCGAGGGGUCAUCCCGCUCCGGCUGGGUCAGUGCUUGAGCAGCAGUGUCGCUGAGGAGGCGGCUGGUGCGGAGGGGUUUGCUGAGCUCAGACACAUGGAGUUGGCGGAGACAGAGGCACGCGAGCGCCUUUCUGCGGACCUCCAAAUGGGAAGCGCCGUUAGAAUCACCAGCCUUCUCCUCCUUGGCUUGCGCUGCAUACGUGCGCAAUACCUGCAAAGGGUGCAGGCCUAUCUGGCCCUGGUGCGAAGUGCCCAGGCUCCACAGGAGGAGGUCCCUCCUCCUGAUGCUCCAGCUAUGGGGGCCGCUGCGGGACUGCGGCGCUUGCAGCAGUGGAUGGAUGGAGCGGGCGCCCGCAUCAUCCAGCAGCUCCGUUGGCAGCUGCUCCCUGAAGAAGCUGCCACCGCUCGAAUCCGACAGGAAGGUGCACGGGAUGCUCUCACUAGAGGUCUCUCGGCUGCCGUUGUCCGAACUGCCCUUCAAGCGGCUGGAGUACCUUUUUUGGUGGCGGGUAGCCCUGCGUGGGGUCCUGAGAUGCCGCUUUGGUCAGCAGUCGUCCAGCUGUUCCAGCUUCCUCCGUGCGACUGCCCGCACAACGCCGAAGCGGCGUGGCCGGAUAUUUGCUGGCACUGCGGGCGAGUGAGAUUCUCUCCCCGCCGGCCGCAGGUGCACCCCUGUCCGUGGUGCCGAAGGUGCACAGACGAAGAUGAUGCCUGUAUGGUGUGCGGCACGGCCCUUCAUCGGCGUGGAGCCUGCCCGACAUGGAACUGUGGCAUCCACCCCAGCUACCUGCCCGCCGCCAUGACUAGGGGUCCCAUGUGUCCGGACUGUCUCUGGUCCUUCGUAUCAUCUGUGAGUGCUUGCCCCAGACUUCCCAGACAGGAUCUCCCUCCUGGGCCUCUCCACGACCACUUGCAGGGCCUCGCUGCCGAAGUAAGGCCAGGUGCUGGCUGGCGUGCGCCUACUGACACUGCGGCUAUCAGUGUUAGGCGAGUGCGCCGCUGGGUGCUGCGUCGUUUGGGACAUGGUCCCACGACUAUCGAUCUCCUCCGAUCUGCCCUGGUGCAACACCUUCAGCAGGCAGGCCGUCCAAAUCUUCGGGAGGAUGAUGUCAGUGAGGUGCUGGAUAGGGCGGUGGUGCUGCUAGACACUGAGGGGCAUUUGAAUUACCGCGACCCGCAGUUGCUUCUGCGGCCAUAG